UUUCUUUUAUAUUCUUCCUCUUUGUCAAAUCUGACAAUUCCAAAGGACAAAAAAAUCGGACGUCACUAUUUAUUAGUAAAACACAACAUAACGCUCGUCUCUUCUUUAUAUACUUCACUUUCAGACAAUAACCCAACAAGAGAUAUUGCGUAAGAUAUCAAGAAAUGGGGAAUUGUCAAGCGGCGGAGGCAGCGACGGUAUUGAUCCAUCACCCGGCGGAGAAUAAGGUGGAGAGGAUUUACUGGUCGGUGAAAGCAAGCGACGUCAUGAGAUCCAACCCUGAUCAUUACGUAGCGGUGGUGGUGACGUCACCGACGUUAAAGAGCGAGAAAGGAUCGCCGUUAAAGCAGCUCAAGCUCCUUCGUCCUGACGACACUUUACUCAUCGGACAUGUUUACCGUCUCGUCAGCUUCGAAGAGGUUUUGAACGAGUUUGCGACGAAGAAAUGUGUAAAGCUUGGGAAGCUAUUGAAAGAAGGAGGAGGGUUUGAGUUAAAGAAGAAGAAGAAACCUAGAAAGAAGACUGAUCAGGAGAUGGGUCGGGUCAACCCGAAUCCGAAUAUGGAUCCGGAUCAGAAAAAAGAUGGGGCAAAUGUUAACGGAGAAGUCGAUGGAGACGGUGUUAUGAGGACGAGUCACGGAGGAGGAAGAGGAAGAGGAAGAGGUGGUGGUGGGUGGAGGCCAGCUUUGCAUAGCAUUCCGGAGUUUGGAUCCUCAUGAGAGAACUCUUCAAAAAAGCAUAGAUAUUUUUAAAGCACUAUCCGACAACAUUGAAAGUUAAUGUGUAAAGCGAUGUUAUUUAUCAUAGAUGCUUUAUUGAAGAUCCAGUCUCAAUAAAUAUUUUCAACAACUUGAACG